AUGCAGGCUCUCCAGCAGCGGCAGUCCGCCCUGCGGGGCGUGCAGCAGAGGGCCGCCGGGCGGCCCGUCGCAGUCGUGCGUCGCGGCGCCCGCAUGGUUUGCCAGGCCUCGACGGCCACCAAGACGGUCAAGAUCGGCACCCGCGGCAGCCCCCUGGCCCUCGCCCAGGCAUACAUGACCCGCGACCUGCUCAAGGCCAACUUUGCUGAGCUGGCCGAGGAGGGUGCCCUUGAGAUUGUCAUCAUCAAGACCACCGGCGACAAGAUCCUCAACCAGCCUCUGGCCGACAUCGGCGGCAAGGGGCUGUUCACAAAGGAGAUCGACGACGCCCUGCUGGACGGCCGCAUCGACAUCGCGGUGCACUCCAUGAAGAGGGCUGGCGGCGCGGCGCUGGUGGAAGGAGAGGAGGCGGAGCGGGCGGCGGCGGCGUGCGGCCGGGCGCCUGGCCUCCCCUGGGCAGCGGCGUGUUUCACAGGCGGGGCGCUGCGGCCCAGCGCGCACGCACGCCCGAGCGCCCUCUCCGCACCCCGGCACCUCCGCCUCAACAAACCUCCCAAGGACGCGCGCACCGGCGCCGACGUGCCCACCUACCUCCCCGAGGGCACCAUCCUGCCCUGCAACCUGCCGCGCGAGGACGUGCGCGACGUGUUCAUCAGCCCCGUGGCCAAGGACCUGUCAGAGCUGCCAGAGGGCGCGAUCGUGGGCAGCGCCAGCCUGCGGCGCCAGGCGCAGAUCCUGGCAAAGUACCCCCACCUUAAGGUGGUGAACUUCCGCGGCAACGUGCAGACGCGGCUGCGCAAGCUGCAGGAGGGGGAGUGCUCCGCCACCCUGCUGGCGCUCGCGGGCCUCAAGCGCCUGGACAUGACUCAGCACAUUACUAAGAUCCUCGACAACGAGGAGAUGCUGCCCGCGGUGUCGCAGGGCGCGAUCGGCAUCGCGUGCCGCACCGACGACAGCGCGGCGGCGCGCUACCUGGCGGGGCUCAACCACGAGGAGACGCGCGUGGCCGUUGUCACGGAGCGCGCCUUCCUCACAGCCCUCGACGGCUCCUGCAGGACGCCCAUCGCCGGCUACGCCCACAAGGGCGCCGACGGCCAGCUCCACUUCCGCGGCCUGGUGGCCAGCCCCAACGGCAGCAAGAUCUUUGAGACCACGCGGGUGGGGGCCUUUGACGCCGAGGAGGGCGCGCGGCUGGGGCGGGAGGCGGGAGAGGAGCUCAAGGCCAAGGCGGGGCCCGACUUCUUCGACUGGUGA